CAAGGCUUGCCUUCCUAGUCUGCGCUGUACUCGACAAACGACGAACGAACCGGCGGCGCGGCGCCAUUGCUCUCGACGUAUCCGCACGAACGUGACUGUGCCUGGUUUUCGCUUGUUUUUCCAUCAUCGAUCGUGUUAGAACAUCAUUACUGCGCAGUGUAAAAGAUUUUAAUUGACGAGUGCUUGGAUAGCUGAACGAGGCCAUAGAGUUCGCUACGAGAUGGGGGCGAGGUCCCGGGAGUUGAUUCUGCUCCUGGCAGUAUGUGCGCUGGCACUCAGCGAGCCAGUCAACAAGGUCGCUGACAGCAAGAAGAAGGAAGACGCCGACAACUUCCUGUUCCAGUACGACGAGUUCGACACGGCUGACGACCAGGAAGUCCUCUACAAUGAGAACAGACCGUGCCCAAGGGACUGCAUAUGCACUGUAUCUCAAGGAUACAGAACAGCCAAUGAUCGUCUUGAAAUCGGCACACAGAAGUUCGGCGAUGACAUCACCGACCUUGUCAUUGAAAACGCUGACCCGAGGUUCCCUAUUCAGUUGACGGACUUCAUUUUCAAGAAACUUGGUCUCCACCAGAUUACAACUGUGAAGAUUGUCAACAGCUCGAUCGAUUUUGUUGGACCUAAUGCCUUCCACGGCCUGCCUAAUCUGUAUGCUGUUAAUUUAUCAAAUGAUAAACUCAAGGUUUUGCACCCAGAAACAUUUUCACACAACAAAAAGCUUGUGCUGCUUACGCUGUCAAAUAAUCCUCUUAAAUUCCCUGCAGCGGACUCGCAAGAUUAUUUCUUGAAUACGUCAUCAAUUCAAGAACUUGAUAUCUCAUACUGUAACAUGAAAUACAUCGCCGCGAACACAUUCACGAACAUGCCCGGUGUGAUGUACCUGAACUUGGCUGGCAACAACUUGUCUAACAUGGAUCCUAACACAUUCAAGAAACUAUUGGACUUGGAGGAGCUGGACCUCAGUGAUAACGAUAUCAAGUCGUUGCCAGAUGAAUUUUCAGAAAACAACGAGCUCGCCACACUCCAUAUUUCAAAGAACCCUGUGGAUACCGUUUAUGGUUUACAGAUCUCCGACUUACUUACUCUUAACGCUGGACAAACUAACAUUAGAUUCGUUGGACCUUCUAUGUUCAAUGGUAUGACUUACAUUGCCAAUCUCAACCUCAGUGGCAACAACAUUGAAAAGAUCCACAACCAAGCAUUCCACAAACUUGUAGAACUUAACUAUCUUGACCUUUCCUAUAACGAUCUAGAUUUCAUUUCGAAUAUACUCAUCAAAGAAAAUAUUGAACUAGAUAUCUUCAAAAUCUCUAACAAUCCUAAACUGAAACACUUACCUGCUGAAGGAUUCGAGUGCUCCGUUGAUCAAUUUAACAUUUACUUGUUCGACGCGUCACACUGUGGCCUUCAGGAAAUUUACGACAAUUCUUUAAGGACUUUCUCUGCUUUGUCUGUGAUCAAUUUGUCUAACAACGAAAUCAAAACCAUUGGAACUAAAGUUUUCACAAUGUGCCCCAAACUGGUCGAGAUUAACCUAUCUUACAAUCAACUCACAACUUUGGAACCGAAAGUGUUUGAGAAAAAUAAGGAACUGGGUAAAUUAUACCUCCAAGGCAAUCCAUUGAAAGUACUAAACGCAGAAGUGUUUGUUCACACUCCAUUGAUUACAUACCUGGACAUGAGCCACGCUGAAUUGACCUCACUGUGGAAGGCAGACAAAAACCGCUCACCAACGCUUCUGAGCAACUUGACAUUCCUUAACGUUUCGCACAACCGCAUUACUGAAAUUAAACAGACUGAACUUGACCAUUUGAAUAAACUUAAUGCAUUAGAUAUCAGCAACAAUCCUCUUGCAUGCAGCCGGGACUUUGAGAAUCUUAUGACUUGGUUGAGCAACAAGAAAGUGUCGCCCAAUUCCAGUGGAAGUGGCAACAUCGCUAACCUCGCGAAGGACUCUAAGGACGAAGAUGUCGGCACUUACAGCUGGGAAUUCCUCACUCGUAAGACUUGCGGAACUGCUGUGGUCCACGCCGUAGAACCCCUGCCGGCAAUCUCUAAUGAAGAGAUUUGGGACACAAUUAACCCCGAUGGCGAUCUCGAUCUUAAGGAAACUUUAGACGAUGGCAAAUGGAUUCUCCAAAGGACGCUCUUGGAUAACGACAUGAUUGAUGACGAAGGCAAAGAUGAUGAUGAUGAUGAUGACGACGCGGCAGACGACGAGGACGAGGACGAAGACGAGGACGACGCCAGCGAAGACUACGACGGAGAAGAGGACGACGUCAACCUUAAAGUUCAACUCAUUGAGAAGAACAACGACACCACCGCUCGUCCCAGCACCCCCGCGCCUGUCAACGAUCUUAACAUUAACAUCCAAUUACUGGAAGACGAAAGCAGUAAUGAGGAUACAACAAAGACACUGUACUUGCAAGCGGCCACAGUGGAGGAAGAGCACGGCCGCUACGGUUACUUGUGGCCAAUUUCGAUCGCCAUUUUAGGCGCUCUCCUGCUUCUUAUCGUGAUUGGCAAGGUGGUGAUGUCAUGCAAUAAGAGGAACCAGCAGGUGAGAUACAACAGUGCCAUAAUCGCCGCCAUGAGCCAGGCCGGGCGCACGAAGAAGGACUGCGGGCUGGUGUACCAGCAGCUGACGGAGGACCUGGCCAGCCCGGCCACGCCCAAGCUCAGCCGCUACACGCCGCUGCACAGCGUCACGGUGAACGCGUCCAACAUGUCGUACGAGAGCAGUCCGUUCCACCACAGCAACAUCGUGCCCGAGGCCGUCUGAGCCGCAGAACAAACGUACAUAUGUUGGAGUUAAAACUCUUUACUAACAACUGCGUUAACUCUUACAUAAGCAUUAAGUGAUAGUUGUAAGCGCUAGUCACAGCCGAAUACAUAUCUAACAAACAUUUCUUAGUACAGUGCCUUUACGAUCACUCGAACAAUCGCGACAAUGUUAUGAAUCUAGCGCUUUCUGAAUAUUAACGUAACAAAAGAAGUCAAAUUACAACAAAUUAAUUUAAGAUUAUACAUAUUAUAUAUUAUACAAACUAGUUGAUAGGUAUAUCUUGUACUUAAAAUUAUUAAAAAUUAAACACUA